AUGUUAUUCAAGAACAGAAAACAUGAUUUUGUCACUGAUGCUUCAGGGGCAACCCUCAAUGUAUUAAAGUACAAUGGGAAACUCUAUACACCUGGCAUACAAGGCAAAUUGUUGACUCUCCCAGACAUGAGGGUCAGAAAAUCAGACGUUCUUCUGUGUGGUUAUCCAAAAACUGGCUGUCACUGGGUGCAUGAGAUCAUGCAUAUGUUGGUGAAUAAAAAGGUAGAGCUAACCAAGCAUGGGAAGGAACUUGGCGGAAUGAUUGAAGUCUCUCCAGAUAUAAUUUUAGAUUCUCUUCCAUCUCGAAGAGUGUUAAAUACACAUUUUCUCUAUGAAGAAUUGCCAAAAGGUUUUAAAGAAAACAAGACAAAGAUUGUCUACACAGUUCGGAAUCCCAAAGACACAGUAGUAUCAUACUAUAAUCACCACAUUAAUCUCAAACUGUUCUAUGGCUACAACGGAAAUUUCAACGAUUAUUUCCAGCUGUUUAUGGAGGGUAACUUGGACAGCGGCAGCUACUUUGACCAUGUUCUUGCAUGGGACAAGGUCAUCAGGAGUCAGACAGACAAUCCAGUAUUGCUGGUCAAAUUUGAAGAUAUCAAGUCUGACCCAGUUGAAGUUAUUCUGCGAAUUGCUGAAUUCCUUGAUGUUGAAACCACCAGAGAGUUUGCUGAAGAUGUCGCUAGUGCCUGUCAUUUCACCAAAAUGAAAGCAAAGAGAGAAAAGGCUGGAUCAUUUGAUGCAGUUAUGUUUCGGAAAGGGACUGUUGGUGACUGGAGAAACUGGCUGACCGAUGAGCAAAGUCAGGCCAUGGAUAAAGUCUGGAGUGAAAAAAUGAAGGACUGCAUCUACCAGCCAGUGUAUUAG